UAAUAAUUCUGCUCCACAGUAAUCCAGAUAGUACUUUAAAUAAAAAAGAAUGGUAGAAGUUAGUGAGAAUCCUAUAGUCAUCUGUGGCCAUGGCAACUCUACUUCCUUCUCCUCUUUCUACCUGUACAACUAAAUCCCCACACAUUCCCUCGUAUUCCAGACUCAAGCAAACAGCAUCAGCAUUCAUUCCUUGCAAAUAUAGAUGCAUUUCAAAGCCCAUUUCAAUAAGCUACAAUUUGGACAUCUCUCCAAGCCCACAAAAUCUUCAUAACAAUUCAACUUCAGCAACAAGAUCAGCUGCUGUUGCUCAUUCACCCUCCACAACAACACCACCAUCAUCUAUAUCUUCUUCUUCAGUGCUAAAUGAUGCAGAGUAUCUGGAAAAUGAAUUUGGUGGAAGGGGUCUUAAAUUUUCAAGGAUUGGAGGCACAUGUGUGGCCGAGAUGAAAGUGGAGAAUGGCAGCAGUGCAAGGAUAGUGCUGCCAUAUGGACUGAUAACCUCAUAUCAGCCUUUCAUGUGGCAUGGUGGAUGCGUUGAGGUUUUACAUACUAUUGUCUCUUCUAAUUCUGUGCAAGGUGGAAUUGGCCUUGUGCUCAAUAAUAAUCGUGAUGGGUCUUCUUGGUCUGCAAGAGAUUGGGUUGUGCAAGGGGUUUCUGCCAAACCUGAAGAUGCUGUCCAGGUGACCCUAAAAUGCUGUAAUGAUGAUGGAAUGCUUUCAGUGAAAUAUGUUAUUACAUUAUAUGAUAAACUACUAACAACAGCUGUUUUAGUUGAAAAUAUCAGUUCUUCUCCAGUUGAAUUGACAAGCUCUGUUAUGACUCAUUUGACGGCUAGCACUCCGGAUGGUGCCUAUGCCGUAGGACUUGAAGGAUGUUCUUAUUGCACAGAACCACCAUUGCCAUCUGAAUUCAACAUUGUUUCCAAUGUUAAAGAGGAACCAAAACCAUCCUCAGGUUGGUCAUUAAUGCAGCAAUUCUUUGGUACAAAGGAGAACAGAGAAGAACAGGUAACAGGAGACAGUGGGGCUGAAUCGAAAUGGGUUGUAGAGACAGACGACUUUGCACAUCUUAGGAACAAAAUGAGUCGUGUGUACUCCACUGCUCGUGAGCAGAUGAGAUUCAAUGACAGGGGGCUAAGGCACACGCUUAUAUUGGAAAAGGUAGGAUUUGAGGAAUUUUAUCUCUCAAGUCCUGGUUCAAAUUCCACAAUGUAUGGAAAGCAUUGCUAUAUUUGCACAGGCUCUGCAAGCAUGCUCCAACCAGUUGUUCUGAGCCCUGGUGAGGAGUGGAGAGCUGCACAAAUGCUUCAAAACCCAAAUAUUUGAUGUAAGAUAAUAGCACAUGUCCAAUCAGUUGUUUGAGUCCUGGUGAGAAGUGGGUACCUGCACAAAUGUCAAACCCCACAUAUAUGAUGUAAGAUGAUAGCACUCUUUUCUGUAACAAGAUUGUACAUAAUCCACUACCUGCUGAAUAUGGCAAUGCCGCAUUUCUAUAA